GAAAGAAGUUAGAAGAAUUUUUAAGAAGAAAGCCGGUGAUCACAUGCGAAAUGUGAUGAAUAGAGCAAAGAGAAGUCAAGAAAAAUCGGAUUUUAUUGCAGCUGACAAUUGGACGGAAAUUAAGAGAACUUGGGACACCGAAAAGCAUAAGCAAAUCAGUGAAAUAAAUAAGAAGAAUCGAGCUUCUAGUUCUAGUGAAGGGUCUGCCACAUAUGCUGGGGGCUCUAUCAACAUCGGGGAGCAUAGAAAAAGAAUGGACAAAUAUGAUGAACUUGUAACGAGCACUGCUGCUAGUGGUGGUGAUGAUGAUGGUGUUGUUGCGUCCGAGCCAUCGGUUAACAGUAUGGCAUUAUGGGUGGAGGCAUCGGGUGGAAUGAGAAGAGGUCAAAUAUUUGGGAUGGGAUCCUUGUCAAGGAUAUACACAACGCCGGCUGCUGCAACUUCAUCCUCUAAUGCGGCUUUUUUAAGGAGGACACAACACGAGGAGCAAAUGACCCAAGAAUUGAACCAACCGAAACAUUUACUUGUAUAGAAGGACGAAGAAAUAAGAGGAG